AUGGACAAUUACAGAGCUGGCAAACGCAGCUCUAUCUCCUUUGGAAGCUUCCAAAGACCCGUGGUGAACUUCAAUCAAAAUGACCUUUCUUACUACUCGCCGCGGCAAAUGUACGCCGCGCAACAACAGCAACAACAACCGCCAACUCAGCAAACACCAAUGGCAUUCUAUCCAUGUCGUUACGAGGCCAAUUUCCCGCUUUAUGCGUUGGACUGGAGCCCCGAGGAUUACGUCGCGGUCGGAUCGUACCGGGAGGAUAGUUAUAACAAAUUGCAGAUUUUGCAUUCUUCAGACGUGAUUUCGUGGGACAAAGUGGGAGAGGCCAACAGCGUUUUCCCAAUUUCAAGAAUUCAAUGGUGUCCCAAUGGGAGCUCGCAGCAGUUAGCAACGUGUUCAGACUCGUUGCGGCUGUGGACUUUCACGGAUUUCACGCUGGAAGAACAACUCAACUUGUCGCUACAGCGGUACAACAAGAGCAACGGCAACUCUGGCGAAUCUGGCAGUGGCAAAACAAGCUCUUCGGUAACGCUGGGCCAGCUGCCGCCCGUUUCCUCGUUCCAUUGGAACCCCACAGACCCCAAUCUGCUGAUUUCCAGCUCCAUUGACACCACUUGCACCGUUUGGGAUUUGCAGUCCAGCAACUACGCCAAGACUCAACUGAUUGCUCACGAUAGCGAGGUAUUUGACGUCAAGUUUUUGACGCAAUCGACGCAGCUGUUUGCGAGUUGCGGUGGAGAUGGCAGUGUAAGAGUGUUUGAUCUACGGUCUUUGGCCCACAGCACCAUCAUUUACGAGCCGGCUAGUAGCCAUUCGUCAUCGCAGUCGCGGGACCAUAUGAGCAGCGGCGGUAGUGGUAGCGGAGGCAGCUCGAGCGGAUCGGGCGCGGACGGUGGACAGAAUGCGCUUUUGAAAUUGGAGUCUUCGCCGUUUGAUCCGAACGUGGUGGCUACGUUUGCCCAGGACUCUACAAGCGUGCUGGUCUUGGAUAUGCGAUACCCAGGGACACCCGUGUGGACGCUGGACGGCCACUCUGGGGCGGUGAACCAGAUCAAGUGGCACCCAACCCGCCACAACGUGCUACUUUCGGGCGGUGACGAUUGCCAGGCUCUCGUGUGGGAUCUCAACACGCCGACGAACGGUGGUGGGAGUGCCGGUAGCGGCGGGAGCAGCGGUACGGCGUCGUCUGCGACGACGGCGAAAUGGGGCAACGGCAAGAUGGGCGUGCAGUCGAUGGACACGCCGCAGCAGGCGUACGACGACACGAAUUACGAGAUAAAUAACGUGGUUUGGAGACCCGAGGGCGAUUGGUUUGGAGCCAAUAUGGGUCGUCAUUUCCAGGCCGUUAGAAACUGA